AUGCUGCUGCUCAAGCUUGCUCUGGCUCUGGCCGCUCUCGUGUCUGCAACUCUGGCUGUCAAGCAUGGAAGUUACAGCCUGCCGACCAACACUCUCGCCAACCGACAGUAUGAGCCCGAGUACACGACUAGCAUCGUCUUUGUCGAUGUCAUUCCGGCCGUUACCACUUCCACUGUCUUUGCAACCUACGAGGUCACUGUCACCAGCUGCCCCAGCUCUGUCACUGCCUGCCCGACUCUGUCUGCUUCGGUCUUCACCUCUUACAUUCCCGUCUCGACCACGGUGUGCCCGGUGACCCUGACGUCGUCGUACACCAGCGAUAUCACCACAACCUGGUACCCUACGAUCUCGCCAAUCUCCUUCCCCUCGGGCUCGUACCCAUGGACGACGGCUCUUCCGUGGACGACUGGCCUUCCAUGGACGACUGGGAUCCCGUGGACGACAGACCUCCCGUGGACAACCGACCUGUCUUGGACGACAAACCUUCCGUGGACGACAGACCUUCCGUGGACAACUGGACCGAGCUCUUCUUCGACGACGUUCACCAUUUUGCCUCCUUCGCCCACCUCGCCCAUCGCAGGCACCACUUGGUCGACGACCUAUGGCACUGGCGUCACGUCCAUCUCGCUGUUCUGGCCUCCUACCUACCUUUCGAUCGUGCUGCCUCCGACCAUCGUCUACACUCACUCGGACACCAUCACCCUGGGCGGACCAACCACGUUUGUGACUGCCACUUCCACUUUCACGCUGUCGGUUGAGUACCCUCCGGACUUCACUUCCCUCUACUCACCAAUCACGGUGUCCUCGGAUGCAACCUCGGCCCUUCCGGUGUCGGGAUACUCUCCCAAUCCAACUUACUCUUCGGCCUCAGCACUUCCGGUGUCGACCAUGUACCCGCCAAGCAUUGAACCGUCGUUCACUGCAAGCUUGAGCACCCUGUCUGUCGAAUCUACCGAGUUUCCAUCCGGCUUCUUCCCGUCAACUGCCAACCCUUACUCGGAUUCGACGACUGAACUGCCUACGGAUGCUUCCUCGGGACUUCCAGCGGCUACCGGACCAGCCUCGACCCAGGUACUCUCGUACACCUCGGUGACUGUCAUCUCGGUGAGCACAUUGACUUCCGACGCCCUGGUUACGCCGACGUACAUUGGCGACAGCUCGGCGGCGCUCCCGGCCACAACGGACGGUUUGACUUCUUCUGUAUGGCUGACACCCGCCAUUCCACCCUACGUCCCGUCGACUCCAAAUGCCACAGGUACCACAACAAUCGCCUCCAAUGCAUUGGGAACUGUUGGCAGCACCACUGCGGCACCUGUCACGACCGGAAACGGCAACAUCAGCAGCACCCUUCUUACUCCGACCGCUCCCCUGUCCAUUUUUCAGGGAGUCGGCACCAAGCACUUGGCUGGAACAUCGGCUACAGCUAUCAUCCUCGCUGUUAUGGCAGCUCUCUUCUAA